CUAACCUUGACUCUGGGACAAACUACAACUGCCUCUAAAUCGUUUGCAAAAUUGGUGGUAUAGUGUCAAGUAGUGUCAGCUUUUGUGACUGUUGAACAUCGCAAAACACUAUGGUAUUUUCAAAAACGCUUUCUCGUGCUAGUAGGAACUUACCAUGUUUGAUUCGACUUAUUCAUCGUAGAUUUUCGUAUAUUCUGGGCAUAGAGACGAGUUGCGAUGAUACGGGUGCAGCAGUCUUUAGUGCGUCUGGCAAACUUUUGGGAGAUUCACUGUCUUCUCAAACAAGCACUAGUGUCAUGUUAGGAGGUGUGGUACCACCCGUAGCAGCUGAACUACACAAAAAGCAUAUUGAGUCAGUUGUUCUCGAUGCUGUUAGUAAGUCUAAUAUUCGGUUACAGGACUUGAGCCAUGUCGGUGUUACUGUAAAACCAGGCAUGUCAUUGUCUUUGAGAGUUGGAGUGGAUUUUGCGAAGACUCUGGCCACACAUCUAAGGAUUCCUAUUAUACCAAUAGAUCACAUGGAAGCUCAUGCACUAACAGCUCUGCAUACUGAUCCCAAGUUGGAAUUCCCCUACGUGAUCCUUUUAAUUAGCGGUGGUCAUGGUCUUUUGGGUAUUGUUCAGGGAGUCGAGGACUACAUUUUGCUAGGUACAGCGUUAGAUGCCUCUCCAGGUGAUGUUCUUGAUAAACUCUCCAGGCGUCUUAGAUUGAAUCGUUUAGGGGAUGAAAGAUUAAAGAACGUAGCAGGUGGAAAAGCUCUUGAAAUGGUUGCAAGAAUUUACAAUGGCAAUCAUCGUCGUUUUGACUUGCCUUUACCACGUUCACAAUCGAAAGAUUGCGAUUUCUCGUUCACUGGGAUCCAUGUGUUUACUGAGCAUUUAAUAGAUAAAUUGGAAUCGUCAACCAGUGGAAGUGGACAUACACUAGCAAUGCAAGAUAUUGCUGAUAUUUGUGCAUCCAUUCAGUUUGCAAUGGCACGUCUUAUUUGUCGACGUGUACAACGCGCCGUUGAAUAUUGCAUAUUGCAAGGUGAUGGUGAUGAUAACGUUUCCGAUGUUAAAAUAACUCGUCCUACUGCUUUAGUGAGUUUAUCACAUUUAUAAUAAAACGAACAACAGUUUCAUGCUCAUUUGUCUUUUCACGUUCCAAUGUUGUAUAUACUGUUAUUUGACCAAGUAAACAACUGUUAGACACUACUUUCUCACUCCACACUUUCAAAUGAGCCUACGGAAUUAGGAUCGUUAUCUUUCCAUUUAAAAAAGAGUUGAUCCAGAGUGUUUUGAAUACUGUCGAAUUUCACGUAGUAUAGCUGCACUCAAUUAGCAUACACCAGUGUUCACCAUGGUGAGCCUAAUUGACUGAAUUAAAUCACGAUGAAAGUUAAGAUGAUAAGUGUUACUCUGCUGAAAGUGUUCAUUAGGUCAUUUGAUAGACAUGUCGUUUAGAUUUAAACUGUUUUAAGCAACAAGAAGUGCAGACAGAUGAUGAGGAAGAAAAGACGAAGGUGGACGAUUAGUUACAGGAUUGUGUAAAGUAAUCCCUCCUUCCCACAUGUCAACACUGUGUGAACUUGCAUUCGUAUAUGAGUGCGGUUUUCAUCUUAUGCAAAAAUGUUGAAAUGCUCUUAAAUGUAUCGGUACUAUUCAGUUCAACUGGAAAAGUUGUAAUUACAAGUAAAAAAUUCUUGGAGACAGGAAGUAUUUUUGAUCUUCAAAGUUUGAAACUAUGAAUAGUAAAUCCUAGUAUAAUUCUGGACUUAACCAUUGUAAACAUUCUUAUAUGCUUACUAGCAUAGCAUUGUGCUUCGAUGCCCAGGUGCCUUUAUUUAGCUAAAUUCUGAAGAUUCUUAACAUACUAAUGUAUGAGUUCACCUCUGAAACCGGGGAUAGAGUAGAAAUACUGGACAGAAUAUUCACUUUGAGAAUCAAGUGUCUGUCACAUUUAUCACCCCUUAAACUUUGUACAUUAAAUGAAUGCCUAAGUUUACUUCUUUUUUAUAGGUCGUGUCUGGCGGCGUUGGAGCUAAUUUAGUUAUUCGAGCUGGAUUGACAGAAGUGGCUAAUCACUACAACAUGAGAUUUGUGUCUCCUCCACCACAUUUAUGCACAGACAAUGGAGUUAUGAUAGCCUGGAAUGGAUACUUGUUACAGAAAGAAAAGUCUCCUCGCAUUACGGAAGAUAUUUCUUCAGUAGAUUUCACACCAAGGUCUACAUUCGGCCUUGAUUUUCGGGAGUCAGUGAAGCAAGCAAAUAUAUCGAUUGAACCAAUCAAACUGCCCGAUUCUGUUUUCCAGUCAUAAACAUCUUUUAACUUUAACUUAUCUGUAGUAUGAACACUUUCGCGAAUAUUGUGCUGUCGAUGUAGCCGGUACAGUGUUUAUCUUGACUUAUUUUUAUUACGAGUUUAUUAUAACCUGCCUCGAUGAUGAAAAUAUUGUGGUACGCUUUUACAUAAAAUAUACGCAUUGCGUCACUUCUAAA